UUGUUAUGUUCGAUGAAGUGCAACAAGAAUCUUUGGUUAGGAUCACAGAUCCAUAAAUGAGCUGUACUUAUUUCUCCUUUUUUCUCCAUCAUGACAACUGAGAAAUAAGUGGGAGAACCCUACUGAUCACGUGCGCGAUUGAAGACGUGCUUCAUGUUUUCGUCCUUAUUUGUUGUGUAUCUAUGUGAUUCGAAGUUUUCUGGGAAUAAUACCAUGUGCGGCAUAUUCUGUCAUGGUGGCCUGUGGCGGGGAAUAUUGAACGUAGAUGAAAAUUGCACACAUUACUGCACAGACCACACUGGAAAAAAAAUCGCUGGCGAUCUUGUCCUAUGAUUAGGCCUUGCGGAUCAGCAACAGGCAAGUUCGCGGUAUUCGAUCACACCACGCACACGCAAGAAGUUUUCCCGCUUUAGAGUAGUCUCGAAAACUUUAUGUACACACUAUAUUUUACCGGGUUAGCCGAUACCGUGCCGAAGCAGAUACCGUGCAGUGAUCAAAUCUCCGCAUGUGCAAAUUUAUGAGUGUGCCAGAAUGUAGGACUCGUCAAAAGGUACGCUGGCUUCAUAUUACGGUUUUAUUACGGUUUCAUAUUACGGUCUCCUGCAAUCAUCUGCGUGGUCAACAGCGAAAUCUAUGCGUCCGAAUGGAAGCAGCAAAUUCUCUCGUAGGCUAGGCCCUCUCAGCCUAGAAACGGGUGCCAUCACAGAAAACCAGUGCCUCGCUUGAAGCCAGCCCACUUUUGUUCUUCCCUAGUUCCUACACCGAAUGCUAAACUGGAGACGCGAAACGAAGUGUUGCGCCGCCUAGCGCAGUCUUGGUCGACACGUCGGCUUUACUGCUCCGUUGCGGAAUUUACGCAAGGCAGGUCCGGCAGAAGGUGACGAGCACGUCUUUGGUUGAAGGUGGCGAGCGUUUUUUUCAAGAGACGCGGUCGUCGACUGACACGGAAAGCCGGAGAGAUGGCCCGAGUUUCGCGUUUGUUUCACACGCGCGCCCCUACCGCGAUGAGAAUGUCGGAGCGACUGUACAGCGUGGCGAUCAUGUGGCGCGUGUCCGGUUGCUUCUUCGUCGCCAACCUCGAUCCUCGUGACCUCGACCGAGCUCGGGUCACUUGGAAGUCCGUCUACAGCCUGUAUUCCUUGCUGUGCGCCUUCAUCCUGUUCUCGUUCAGAAUGCUGCAGCUGUGGGCGGGAGCCUUCGGCGACACGGAUUCUCGAGGCGCCCUCUCAACCUCGCUUCUCGAGUUGAUGAGGAACGUCAUCGGCUUGGAGAGCCUGGUGGCGUUCGUCGUGAUGGCCGUCAGGUCGAGCACCAUCCUGAGGUUCCUGCGCAACGCCAGCGCGUUCGAAGCAUCCGUGUCCGUGCCGGGGUUCCAUCGGGCGAAGAGGCCGUGCCCCGUGCCCUACGCGUGCCACGUUUUGUCCUUCGCGUGCGUGGUUCUCUACAGCGCAGGUCACAUCGGUUGGCUGCUGAUUGCCACUUACCGUCACAUGGCGACCAGUCAGAUUCUAGAGUUGUUAUACGGCGUCACAGCCAAUGCCUUGUACAUGGCCAGCGACUACGGCAACAAGGCCACAGCAAGAGCGGUCUGCGAAGUCCUCGUAGACUACGUCAUCAUACAGGCUGACAUCUUGGCGCAGAAACAAAAGUCUGGACUGCACUUGAAGGACGUUGAAGAGCUUCGCACGAACAUGUCCACCAUACAGACCCUAAAAGAGGAGAUCAACAUGGCUCUAAACCCCUGCAUCGUAUUCUACUGCCUGAGGGCCUUCAGCGUGUUCUCCAUAAGCGGCUACAUGCUCGUCAAGCUUGGCUUUAGCCAAGUAAUCAGCGCGCUGAUUCUGUUCUACCUUCUAAACGUCGCCUUCGGCUUGACAGACCUGGCUUACGUAAGCCACGCUCUGGAGAAGGAGACAGAAAACGUCAAACUUUCUUUGGCUGACAUCAUCACGGUCGACAUGCCAUCAGAACACGUAUCGAAGAUACGCUUCAUUUACAACACCAUCGACCCUCGAAGCAUGUGUCUCAGCGGAGGCGGAUUCUUCGCCAUCAACGCGAGAACACUUAUGCACGUAGUAGAAGCCGUCGUCACCUACGUCAUGAUCUUCACACAAGCUGGGGACAUGGCGGUCAGCUCUUUCAAGCCGGGCACCAAUUUUUACGACCAGCAGCAAGACGUGGUCGCCUUGAAGAAUCUGUAAAGUAAAUGUCACCUGUACGCUGCAAGGACCGGCCCAGUGGUUGGGUCACUCUUCCGCACAAAUUUCCCUCAAAAUCAAGCCCACUACACAGGAAUCCAGCUGACGUAGACAGACACGAACAAUAAAGUUUUUUUUCUGAUCUUA